AUGGACCCCAACGGGCAUUACACGGAGCAAUUCCCCGGUGGUUACGAGCAGAGCACCUUGCCCGUGCUGUCUCGACCUCCACCGGCGGCGCCGUGGCCUGCUACCGACCAAAGUCCCGUCUCCGACCCCUAUACCAUUUCUCCCCCCGACGCGCUCGCCCCGCAGAUGACCCCAAUCGACGCCGCUGGACCACCACCACCAGCCCCUCAGGACCAAGCCCCGAAACCUACGCUGGUCACAAACACCGAGCGGAAUGCACCCACCAAGGUCCGCAAGUCCCGGAAGUCCGCUAAUGCGGCGGCAGGGAAGUCGACAUUGUUCUGGGUGAAUACAGAUUCGCAGUCGGCGUCAGGCGGGACAAAAGAGGAAACGCUGAAGCGAAUCCGCUCCCACGUAAUGUCUGAGCAUAAUCGCAAGAAGCGACUGGAAAAUACAAAACGGUAUAAGAGCAAGUCCUUCAAGCACCUGGCUUUCCAGCCGCCUGAGACUGUUCCGGUGACAUCUGAGUCGCCCCGGCCUCCGCCGGUAGCCUCAUCGUCUUCGUCGUCCUCGUCUAGUAGUCGGAACAGUCCCCACGUUGAGCAGAUCAAUACCAACCAAGAUCUGGUCCCCGCGACCUCGGCUGUGACUGUAGACUACCACCCUGGCGGCUCGGUGGAGGCGUGGGAUGAGACGUGGGAUGAGUCGUGGGAUGAUGGUAACUUCGACGGAGUGGUAGGCUAUCAGGCCAGACAGCCGGCGCCGACGCCGUCUCUGUGGACGUAUAUAGGAUCAGGCGCGCAUGACCCAUUUAACACGGGACAUACGCAGCUCACAGAUCGGAUGAUGCGCCACCUUCAGAAUUUCCUUUUCGAUCUGACGCAGGAAGCGCACCCGUUGCAGACGCGGUAUAAGCCUAAGCUGCAGGCGCAUUGGGCUGCUCUUAUUCAGCGUGAUCCGGCUAUUCUCCACGCGACGAUCUGCAUGUCCACUUCUAACGCGGCUAUGCAACGGGGCGAAUUACCGAUCCGAGAUCCGAAUCAGAAACGCAGCGCGCUCGUGGUUGAUACUUUUCACCACCGUGGUGAGACUAUUCGUUUGGUGAAUGAGGGCUUGUCGGAUCCGGUCAAGGCAUCCAGUGAUGAGUUGAUUGCUGCGGUGUCUACCUUGUUGACCAUCGAGAUCGCAUCGGGCAACCCCGAUUAUCUGAAGAUUCAUCUGGCUGGUUUGCGACAGAUGAUUGGGCUGCGCAAGAACUUCGCCGAUGUCCCUCCCGAUGUCCGAUUCCAGAUUUCAUGGACGGAUAUUCGGGUCGCUUGCAUGGCACUUGCCAAACCUAUCUUCACUUUUGUCCGGUCCCCCCGCCCAGCAGGCUUGUCUCUCCUCCCGCCCACCGAAGAUGUCGCUCUCAUGGCGACGCGUCUGAUCCCUUUGAUCAAAAUCCCCGGCAUAUUCAGCGACUCAUUCUCAAAAACUAUCUACGAUCUUCUCGAACUAUCCUGGUACGCAGAAUGGAUCAAGGGUAACACAGGGUACAAGGAGUUCAACGACGAGACGGAAGAUUACUUCAACUUUGAGGUGCUCUAUGUAGAGUACUCCCUACACUCAGACCGGUACACACCAACCGGCCAAGUCAAGGGCGAUAACUCGAUCGAGGGCUGCUGCCGCCUCGCCUGUCUGUGUUUCCACAACAGCGCCAUCUGGAGUUUCUACCCCAUGAUCGCGCCCCUCCUACCCAAGCCCAUUCUCGCCCUUCGCGCCGCCCUCGAAGUGACUAUCCCGUCUGGGCUUUUCGCGCUCUGCCGUGACCUGCUGAUCUGGCUCCUCUUCAUCGGCGCUGUAUGCAGCCAAUCCUUGCCGACGGAGCGUGCAUAUUUUGUGUCCGAGCUAGCGACAGCAUCUCAUUUACACGGUAUCAGCUCCUGGCAAGAGGCCCGUUCGAUCCUGCUCGGAUUUUUCUAUGCCGAUCGUGUCCACCUUUCUAUGCUGCGACAGGUGUGGCAGGAAGUGCAGCUGCAGGUGGAGCCGGGUGCGUGA